CUGUGUCUCUCUCCAGCAGUUACACAUACCGUAUAGCAAAAGUCUCUUUAAAAAAAAAAUUCGAUUAUGUCUGUGUCCAAGUACAGGUCUUCAGUUCGUGUGCAGAGAAAUCGCAGCCUAUCAGUGUACACUCAGAGUACAUCUAAGCUGUAAGUAACGUAGCGGAACACUCAGGGCUCUACAUGCUGGGGCUGUUCUCCUUUCCCUCCCCAGGUGCUCACUCAGGGGAAGCAGAUGACCCGUCCGAGUGGGCCGAUGUCCAGAAGAAGGUGAUCCCAUGGGAGAACAGCGUUCCCGAUGCAGACUCUGAGCUCCCGCCCCAGGGCCGUGCCGCCAGACUCAGGAAGUCCGUCAGCAGGCUGAUCGUGGUGGCCUCGCUCACGGAUAAAGCCACCAAUUUAGGAGGGCUGUGCCGCACUUGUGAGGUGUUUGGGGCCUCGGCGCUGGUGGUCGGCAACCUGCAGUGCGUCCACGACAGGCAGUUCCAGGCCCUCAGCGUCUCCGCCGAGCAGUGGCUUCCUUUAGUGGAGGUGAGUGGGCGUCGGGUCACUAGACUGGCUGUUGGCGAAGAUACAUCCCAGGGCUCUGUGUUUAUGGCCUGCUUUUCUCAGGAACGAGUAUUUAGCCUUCAGUGGUUUAAAAACAGUUCUUCUGGUGUGACCAGCCUGCUCCUGUCUUCCUGCGUACCUUCCCACAUCCCCAUGCUGGGUUUCAGAAACCAAUGAUAUGGAGUUCUUGACCGCGGCCUGUCCUGCCUCGGCGCCCUCUGGGC